AUGUAUGGGGAAGCUGUCGUUACUGGUUUACUAGUAGCUUUUGAAGUCGUUCCUGGUCUUGUAGUAGAUUUUGAAGUCGUUAAUGGUCUAGUAGUAGCCUUUGAAGUCGUAACUGGCUUAGUGGUAACUUUCGAAGUCGUAACUGGUUUAGUACUAACUUUUGAAGUUGUAACUGGCCUAGUGGUAACUUUUGAAGUUGUAAAUGAUCUAGUAGUACUUUUUGAAGUCGUAACUGGUUUAGUAGUAGCUUUUGAAGUCGUAACUGGCCUAGUGGUAACUUUUGAAGUCGUAGCUGGCCUAGUGGUAGGUUUUGAAGUUGUAGCAUCGGAUGAGCCACUAGAGGAGAUUCGCACGUUAUCAAUCAGAAUUUGA